ACAUUAUUCUACAGAGAUAUAAACCCCACUUGCCUAGUUUCCAAUAGACCUCACAACCUCUGAGGAUACCUGCCAUAGGUGUGGGCGAAACGUUAGGAGAGAAUGCUUCUGGGAUAUGGCCAGACAGCCCGGAAAACUCUCACAGCAACCCAGUGACUCUGACCAUGAAAGCCUUCGUCAACACAUUAAUAUAAGAUUCCUCUCACUUCCUGUUGUCUCAGCCCCUUCUUAACUAGGAGCCAUUUGCAAGUCAUAUGUUUGUAACUUGGGGGCGGCCUGUAUGUAUCUUCGUCUGCAUUAUGACCUCACUCAGACAUCAUCACCGAGGUUCUAAAUGAUUGAAUUGUGAUGUUGCUGGGCUGGCUGUUCUCCCUGGAACCCCAUUGAAUGCCAUUGUUUCUCUUGUCCGGGGCUCCAUCAGAUGUCUCAUGGACUAUGUCUUGCUCCGUUCUCCCACCGAGGGAUAAGCGCAACGGGCGCAUGAUGCUCCUCGGGAUGCCUAGAAAUGCAAGGAGGGCUUCUUGCAGCGGAGGCCCCUGUGCUGUGCUUGAUACUCCUUGAGGGAUGGAGCCUAGAAGCAAAGUGCCGGCCUUCCUGUCGGACCUGGGCAAGGCCACCUUGAGAGGCAUCCGCAAGUGCCCCCGGUGCGGCACCUACAACGGGACCCGGGGCCUCAGCUGCAAGAACAAGACCUGCGGCACCGUCUUCCGCUAUGGCGCUCGGAAGCAGGCGGCCGCCGAUGCCGUCAAGAUCGUCACGGGCUCGGAGGCGCAGGUCUUCUCGGUGCGGCAAAGGGACCGAGGCCCGGACGGGCGCUGCUUUGUGGAGCUGCGGGUCUCGGAGACGGCCCUCCAGACGGCGGAGGGGACCCUCCUGACGCGGCUGAGCUCCGGGCACUGCCACAUGGCCCCCUGCUCCAAGGCGGCCUCCCAAGGGGUGGCGGAGAACCAGUGCCAGCACAUUAAGCUGGCGGCCAACUGCCAGGCGGAGGCCACCCCUCUGACCCUGAAGAGCUCCGUCUUGAAUGCCAUGCAGGCCCCGGCCGAGACCAAGCAGACCCUCUGGCAGCUGGCCACCGAGCCCACGGGGCCCCUGGUGCAGAGGAUCACCCGGAACAUCAUGGUGGUCAAGUGCAAAGCCAGCCAGAAGCACAGCCUGGGCUACCUCCACGCCUCCUUCUCCACGCCCAAGGCCGGGCACAAGAACGCGGCGGAGGCACGCUUCUCCUGCGCCUGCCAGGCCUCCAAAGCCAGCAAGGCCCCUCCGGACAAGGAGGAGGCCGGGCAGAGGUGCCUCCACUUCUUCGCCUGCCUCUGCGCCUUCGCCAGCGAUGACGCUUUGGCCCAGGAGUUCGCUGAUUUCCUCGGCUGCAACGCCAACGCAGGAGAUCUGAAGCCGACCAUGGGAUGCCCACCGGUUUGCCAGCCGGAAGUUGUCCUGCACUCUGCGGUUGCCGCUGCGUCCAAAACAAAGAGGAGGAAAAAGGAGGAUGUGUUGGGCCUUCAAGCCAAUAUCCCGCUCUUGUCACAAGACCUGGCAAACAGCAACUUGCGGAAAAGCGGACUGAAGAAGCCGCCUGUUGCUUCGCUCAAGCGGCAAGCCUGCAGCCAAGGGCCGGACGAGUCCCAGGUGAGCAUGUCCUUCCAGGAGUGGCUGGCCAGCGUCACGGAGCGGAUCCAUCAAGCCAUGCAUUACCAAUUCGACGGCAAACCGGAGCCGCUGGUCUUCCACAUCCCGCACUCUUUCUUCGAGGCCCUGCAGAAGCGGAUUUCCGUCGGGAGCGCCAAGAAGCGGCUCCCCAAUUCCACCACAGCGUUUGUCCGGAAGGACGCCUUGCCCCUGGGCACCUUUUCGAAAUACACCUGGCACAUCACCAACAUCCUGCAGGUCAAACAGAUCUUCGAUACGCUCCAGAUGCCCCUGGAAAUCACCCGCAGCUUCAUCCAGAACCGGGACGGCAGCUACGAGCCUUUUAAGUGCCCCAAAGUGGAGGUGGAGAGCAUCCCAGAAGCCUACGGCCGGAUGGAGAAGCAGCAGCCGGUGCUGCGGCCCUUAGAAGUCAAGACCUUCCUCAAAGUCGGCCACACUUCCCCCGACCAGAAGGAGCCCACGCCUUUUGUCAUCGAGUGGAUCCCCGACAUCCUCCCCCACUCCAAGAUCGGCGAACUCCGGAUCCGGUUUGAGUACGGACACUACCGGAACGGGCACGGGGCGGAGGGCCAGGAGCAGCCGCAGCGCCCGUCCCUCGAGCAGACGUUCGAGCUCAUGCCGCUCACCGCCAUCACGUUCCCUUGAGUGGCAGUGGCGCUUUGCACACGGGCUUGGACUCCACACACAUCGUGGUCGCCAUCCCCAUGUGUGGGGAGCUCACCACAACAGCAGCCGGAGGAGGUUCGAUGCGGAGUCACGCCUCUUUCUUUUCCAUUUCUGUGUUCUAAGAUCCAGUCUUCGAUGGAGGUUUUUCCGAAACUGUUCUGCAGAGCUGGCACUUUUCUGCAACUCGGAAUGUCUCGACCUUCCAAGGGUCUUGGGUGGACCCUCCUCUGCUCUUUCUUUGUUUUUAAAGAAUUAAAUUCAGUUCCAUUUUGGAGGGGA